AUGGCUAAGAGAAUAGAUGGCCUCCAACUAGCUUCAGUGAGCACAACAAAUCAACCUUCAAUUGAAUGGGGUCAAAAUGAAGCAGGCAACGUUGAGCAGCAACAAGAACAGGUUCAAUAUAUGCAAAAUGCCUCAAAUUCUUCUCAAAAUGACUUCCAUGGUGACACAUACAACUCAUCCUGGAGGAAUCACCCCAACCUGAGAUGGGGUGAUGAUCAAAACCAUUGGCAGAAAAACAACAACUCCAACCAUUCCCGCAACACAAACAGCCAAAAUCAUUCAUCUAACAACACUAACCAAUACAAGAAACCACAAAACACAUACCAACCACCUCACAACAACCCACAAAUUCACCAAAAUACCUUCUCCACACUACCAUUCAACUCACAAAAUGCCCACCUCAAUACCCCAAACAACUUCCAGCAACAACAAUCACAUCCUAUCAUACCACCAAUUGACCAUCAUGAAACCAGGAUCUCAAGUCUUGAAGCAGCCUUGCAAGCCCUUACCCAAAACACACAAUCACUUGCUCAGGUCACUCAAAGUUUAGCAAAAGGACAAGAGAGUUUGCUUAAAGGACAAGAGAGACAUGAAGCCACCAUGAGGAACUGUACCACUGAAGACAACCCAAGGGACACAGGAAAAGCCAUAAAAUGGGAGGAGUGUAAAGCAAUCACUCUGAGAAGUGGUAAGAAGGUGGAGACAGAAGCCAUCACUCAGAAAGAGCACAACAAAGAAGGAUUAAAAGAAGAGGUGAAGGGGCAAAAGCAGGACCAAGAAACCUCUACACAAAGUGAUAAGUCAACUAAGAAAGAGGCGGUGAAAGCAUAUCAACUAAUGCUACCAUAUCCUCAAAGAUUCAAGGGAGAGAACAAAGAGAAGCAAUACUCCAAGUUCCUAGAGAUAUUCAAGACAUUGCACAUCAAUAUCCCCUUCAUAGAAGCACUUGAACAAAUGCCAUUGUAUGCAAAGUUCAUGAAGAAAUUGUUGACAAAGAAAAGAUCCUUCAAGGACAAAUGGUUGUAA